GCCGUCCUGGAGCCCAACGGGCUGCUGGACCCGCAGAGCCUGUGCGGCGAGAAGGGCGCGUCCGUGCCGGGCAGCGUCGGCCCGUUCGGGCUGCUCGUCAUGGCCUCCGGCGACAUGCAGGAGCACACCGCCGUCUUCUUCAGGGUGUUCAGGCAGAACGACAAGUACAAGGUGCUCAUGUGCACCGACCUGUCAAGGUCGAGCACCAGGGACGGCGUGUACAAGCCGCCGUACGGGGCCUUCGUGGACAUGGACAUCGAGGCGCACGGCGGGAUCAUCUCCCUCAGAACGCUGGUUGACCACUCGGUGGUGGAGAGCUUCGGCGGCGGGGGCAGGGCGUGCAUCACGGCGAGGGUGUACCCGGACCACGUCGUGAACGGCAACAGCCACCUGUACGUGUUCAACAACGGCACCGGCGCCGUCAAGGUGUCCAGCCUCGACGCGUGGGAGAUGGCCACGGCGACCGUGAACGUGCUCCCCGACGGCCUGAUCGCGGCGAGCUCGGUGAGCAGGGCUCAAGCCUAUUAGGAUUUCGGAGCUGGGUUUUCGCACGGUGGACGGACGGAUGGAUGGAUGGAUGGCCAUUGUGAAUUUCCACGGCCGAUUGGAUUUGCCUGCCCAAUUGUGGCUCGGGUGUACAAAUGGAGGCUCCCUCAUUGUUUGCCGGAACAGCACGAAAGAAGGAUUCUGGGAUGCUGCAAAGGAGAAAUAUUCUACUAGGAAGAUUUGUGUCUAGGUGUUAAAGUUUUUGAUAGUGUUGAUAGUAGUAGUAGUAAGUAGCACGCAUGCCCCGCAUGUUGGGUAUUUGGCAUCAAAUUAAGAGUGUAUUUCCAAGGUGAAAACGGGUGUCAUGUAAAUGUAUGAUAUCCGUUGAGUUGUAAAAAAUAAUAUUCAAAUAUACAAGGUUUAUUAUUAAGAAA